GCGGGAUGCGCUGGGCGGGCGGCGCCGACUGACCUCCCUCGGCGGCCCGGCCGGGGCAGGGCCGGAGCCGAGUCCGUCCCGCCCGCUGCCUCCCCGCCCCGCCCAUGGGCCGCGGGCCCCCGCUGCCGCCCGCCCGGAGGACCGAGCCGAGGGGGGAAGCCGCCUGAAGGACCGCGACGGCCGCGCCCGCAGGGCGAGGGAUCCGCAUUGCAGGUGCACCAGGAGCGCCUUGGGGCCUGGCCCGGCUUUGUCUGGGAUGCUGUGGGGAGGAGGCCGUCUGCAUCCACACCGCUUUUUUAAAUGCGUCUUACCACCCUGUGGACGUUAGAGACCUUCCCGGAUAAGUUGCGGUUCCUAGUAUCCCUUUACCAUUCUCAAGAAUAAGCGCUGGAAUUCGGUUAGCACCGAGCAAAACAGAGCACAUCUGAGAAGCUUACAACUUAGAUUAUGGGGAAAUAAAAGUUUCAAAGCUUUAGAGACUGACAUUUACAACUUGGAAAGCAUCUGAAUUUCCAAAUGAAAUUAAUUCUACGCCUGCCCUCAAGAUUCUCACCCACAGAACCUGAGUGCUGGAAGAAGCUGCAAGGCUCAGGUCACCUGGAUGUCAGCAUGGCAGCCACAAACCUGGAGAACCAGUUGCACAGUGCACAGAAGAACCUCUUGUUUCUUCAGCGUGAGCACGCCAGCACGCUCAAGGGGCUGCACGCCGAGAUCAGGCGGCUGCAGCAACACUGCACAGAUUUAACAUAUGAGCUGACACUUAAAACUUCUGAGCAGACAGGAGACGGAUCUUCUAGAAGCAGUGAACUAAAGAAAAGAUGUGAAGAACUGGAAGCUCAACUAAAAGUCAAAGAGAAUGAAAAUAAUGAGUUGCUGAAAGAACUGGAGCAGAAGAACGCGAUGAUCAUGGUGCUGGAGAACACCAUCAAGGAGCGAGAGAAGAAGUACCUGGAGGAGCUGAAGGUGAAAAGCCACAAGCUGAACAUGCUGUGCAGCGAGCUGGAGCAGCGGGCCGGCACUGUCGCCUACCUGACCGCGCAGCUGCAUGCCGCCAAGAAGAAGCUUGUCAGCUCCAGUGGCACUGUGGACGCCAGCCCCUCGGGGAGCCCCGUGCUGGCCAGCUACAAGCCAGCACCCCCUAAAGACAAGCUGCCCGAAACGCCUCGCCGUCGCAUGAAAAAGAGCCUCUCUGCGCCCCUGCACCCAGAAUUCGAAGAGGUCUACAGAUUUGGGGCCGAGAGCCGGAAACUGCUUUUGCGUGAACCAGUGGAUGCCAUGCCUGACCCCACCCCAUUUCUGCUGGCCAGGGAGUCUGCCGAGGUCCACCUCAUCAAAGAGAGGCCCCUCGUCAUCCCCCCCAUUGCUUCUGACCGCAGCGCCAGUGAGCAGCACAGCCCGGCCCACGAGAAGCAGCACAGGGCCCACGUUGGGGUGGCUCAUCGGAUCCACCACGUGACCCCGCCGCAGGCCCAGCCCGAAGUGGAGACGCUGGCGGUCGACCAGGUGCACGGAGGUAAAGUGGUGAGGAAGCACUCAGGGACGGACAGAACUGUGUGAGGCCUGCGGGCCACCGCCACACUCCUCCUGCGAUGCACUGUGACCACUACUAGGAAAACUCAUCCACACCUUUUUUUUUUUAAUUCCCAUGCAUGCCAAAUUUUUUUCAGACCUGUCAACUGAUUCUUCUCCUCCUGCUCCUCUUGCCCUCUUACUGACACCAAAUUAUGAUCGUGCUCCUGCUGCAGAAAACGUAUUUACUAAUUGCUGUGGCAAAACACCUGUGUGUCCAACCGCUUGCUUCUAAUCCCACUCUGUGUAAUCUAAGUGCGCUCGUGGGCAAAGCACAGGCCACAGGCUGCAUCGCUACUCAGUUAGUCACACGCCUAAUUAUGUCGGAGCAAUACAUAUCAACCUUGACCUAUCUCCCCAGUUUCCAGGGCAGCCUAUCGGAGCAGCCCCACUCCCUCCUGGAGACUCUUGUAACCUCCUGACAAACCUUUCCCAGGGUGGCACCGAUCACCGAGCAGCUGUAUGUGUAUAUCACAAGGAACUAAAUAAGAUAACGUUAUUCCUCCAUAGCACCACAACCUGAAUGUGUGUUCAUAUUUUUUUGUUUUAUCCAAAAUGUUCAAGAUCCCAACAAACUUUAUUUUCUAAA